AUGACUCAUUUGCGGAGACAGCGCUCGCUUCCGUCAUUCGCGGGGCCGCGCAUUGCCUUGCUCAUAGUAGCCGUAGCGCACGUCGUCGCAGCGGGUCCACUUGCGACGCUCCGUCGCGUGGAAAUCGUCUCAGGCGAUACAGCCGCUGUGGCUGUAGCCAGCCAUCGCCGGAGUGCGCUAAACACAGCAGUCGUCACGUUGUCGCCGCCGCCACCCGUAGCGCCUUCGACUUCUGGGAAACCCUUGGCGCCGCCGGCCGCACCGCAACCUCCCGGCUCCAGCGGGAACGCUUCGGCAAGCGAGUACGGCCCGGAGUUCCCGCCGACGUACGACCAACGGCUGGCGUUGGCGGAGCUGCGGGUGGCGAUGGACCCGGAGGGCUUGGAGCUGGAGUCGUGGGACUCGGACGUCGGCUGGCCCUUCUGGAUGGGCGUCCAAUGUGACCAGUGGAACCAAGUCAUCAAACUGUCGCUGAGCGGCAACGAGCUGACGGGCAGCAUCCCCGAAGGCAUCUCGCACCUCACCGCGCUGCAGCACCUGGACGUGAGGGGCAAUGUGCUGCAGGGGUCGCUGGUGGGGGACAUCGGCCACCUCUCCGCCCUCACCUACCUGGACCUGUCCAACAACCGCAUCAACGGCUCGCUGCCUCACUCGCUCUCCAACCUCACCGCCCUGCGCCACCUCGACCUGCAUCAUAAUCCCAUCAGCGGCGCGCUGCCCUCCUCCAUUGCCGCCCUCUCGCUGCUCACUCGACUCGAUCUGCACGAUGUUGACUUCACGCCCGCUCCGCUGCCGCCCUCUCUUGGCGCCCUCUCCUCCCUCCACUACCUCGAUCUGGCAUACACGCACCUCACCGGCCCGCUGCCCGCCUCCAUCGCCAACCUCUCCGCCCUCAACUUCCUCUCGGUGGACGGCAACGCCCUCACGGGCUCCAUCGACGUCUUCCCUCCCAACUCCUCCCUGCAAGCCAUUCUAGCGGGGCACAACCAGCUGGAGGGGGCGGUGCCGGACGUGGCGCUGCAUCCGCGCCUGCGCCUGCUGUCACUGCACGACAACAACCUCACGGGCCCCGUGCCCGCCGCCGACCUCAACUCCUCCACCACCACCGUCGUCCUGGCGGGCAACCCGCUAUGCACGUCAUCACGCUACUACAGCACGUGCAAUGUGUGGCAGCAGCGCCGCCUCUGCACGCUGCCGUGCAGCAGCAGCGGCGAGAGCCCGAGCCCGGUGGAGUACGUGCGGUCGCAGGAGUGCGUGUGCGCGCUGCCCGUGGUGGUGCGGCUGUUCCUGCAGAACCCCUCCUACACGCUUUUCAACUCGGAAUACGCCGACCGCUUUCAGCGCGAUGUCGAAGCACAGCUCAAUCUGCAGGAAGGGCAGGCGUGGUUGGACAGUGUGAGUCAGCGCGAGGACAACCUGGAGGUCGCCACACUGCGCAUCUACCCUGCCAAGGUGGAGGUGCCAUGGACGGAGGAGCAGAGGGGGCAGCUGUAUGCGGCGUUGGGGCGCCUCAUGCGCCUAAGUGCCAUCUUUGGAGGCGUCACGUUCGAUGGCCCGCCACCCCCACCAGUGCCCAGCCCGCCACCGCCCCCGCCCACGCUCGCAGUCACCACUGAAAGCAAGAGCACGUUCCCGGUGUGGGCCAUAGUGGUCACGGCCGUGGGGCUGCUGUGCUUCGCCGCCUCGCUGCUGCUGCUGCUGCUCUGGCUGCGCCACCAACGCAGACGCCAGAUGCUCCGGCCCAGCAAGUCGAAGCUGACAAUGCGCCUGCAGGAGCAGUUUGUGCGCCCCAUCGCGCUGGCGGAGAUCGAGGCGGCCACGGACGGCUUCUCGGAGGCGCGGCUGCUGGGCGUGGGCGGGUACGGGUCCGUGUACCGCGGGGACGGGCCCAACGGCGAGCAGUGGGCCGUCAAGCGUGCCACAGUCACCACCGUGCAGUCCAUGGGCGUCUUUCAGAACGAGGUGGACGUGAUAUCGGCCAUGAGCCACCGCAACCUGAUAGCGCUGCUGGGGUACUGCGAGGACAAGGGCGAGCAGAUCCUUGUCUACGAGUUCGCCGCUAACGGCACCCUCUCCGCCCACCUGCGCCCGCCCGCCGGUGAGCGCCAGUCGAUGGGUGCGUGGGAGGCCGCUGCCACGCACAUGUGUGUGUGGCUGCAUGGCUGGGUGGGUGGGUCCAUGGGUGGGUGCAUGGGUGCAUGGGUGGGUGGGUGGGUGCAUGGGUGGGUGGGUCCAUGGGUGGGUGGGUGGGUGCAUUGGUGGGUGCAUGGGUGCAUGGGUGGGUGCAUGGGUGGGUGGGUGGGUGCAUGGGUGGGUGGGUGGGUGGGUGGGUGCAUGGGUGGGUGGGUGGGUGCAUGGGUGGGUGUGGGUGCAUGGGUGGGUGUGGGUGCAUGGGUGGGUGGGUGGGUGCAUGGGUGGGUGGGUGCGUGGGUGGUUGGGUGGGUGCGUGUGGGUGACAUUGAGCACGAGUGGCAGUGUGCGCAGACUGCCUCUGCACCAGUCGUGGCAGCUAUCACUGUGCAGUGCUACAAGCCGACGGCGCCGCUGACGCUGCAGCAGCGGGUGGAGGUGGCGCUGGGGGCGGCGCAGGGGCUGUUCUACCUGCACUCGUUCGCGCGCCCGCCCGUCAUCCACCGCGACGUCAAGUCCGGCAACAUCCUGCUCGACCAAGACAUGCAGGCGAAGGUGGCGGAUUUUGGGCUGCUGAAGGCGUCCAAGGGCGAGGGUGUGGCGCACAGCACGCAGGUGGCGGGCACGCCGGGGUACCUGGACCCCGAGUACUACUCCGCCUUCAAGGUCACCGCCAAGAGCGACGUGUACAGCUUCGGCGUGGUGCUGCUGGAGAUCCUGACGGGGCUGCCGCCCAUCUUUGAAAGCCUCGACGCCAACGAGUCCACCGACGGCGAGCGCCAGAUGACCAGCCUGGCCAGAUGGUGUGCACCGUACGUGCAGACGGGCAAUGUGGCCAAGAUAGUGGACCCACGGCUGGGCGCGGACUACCCGGUGGACACCGUCAAGGCCAUGGCGGAGGUGGCCAUGGCGUGCGUGCAGCGCCACAGCAAGAACCGCCCCGACACGGGCGAGGUGGUGCGGCGCCUGGGGGACAUCCUUGCGCGCCUCACAGGCGACGAGAGCGCCGCCACGCUGGGCCACCUGCGGUCGCAGAGCUCGAAUGUGGGCGCCGUUGCCAUUCCCGAGGACGGCGAGAUUGAUCCCAACAUUGCGCUGGUGGGCAACAUGGAGGGGCCGUACGAUGAGAGCACUGCCGCCAUGUCGCAGAUUAUCCCGCGCUGA